AUGAACAUUGUCAGUAUUUUUUCUUCCAAGCAGGCAUCUCAGUCCAUGCUAGAACAAUCUGAGCUGCAGAUUAGGGCUGCCUCGAGUUUGGAGGAAUUGCUUCGAAUCACACACUCCGAGGACUGGAAGCUGUGGAGAUGCCGUCUAAAGCUCAAAGAUUUCAACAGUGCCGACUCUCGCUCAGUGUCUCAUCGGUCCACCAGGUUUGCGGCAACUUUCUAUGACAUUGAAACACUGAAAGCUAUAGACGAGGAGUGGCAGAAAACCCAGUGCAGCCCGAGGGAGACAUGCGUGGAGGUGGCCAGCGAGCUGGGGCAGAGCACCAACACAUUCUUCAAGCCUCCCUGCGUGAACGUGUUCCGCUGUGGCGGCUGCUGCAAUGAAGAGAGUUUGGUCUGCGUCAACACCAGCACCUCGUACAUCUCCAAGCAGCUCUUUGAGAUUUCAGUACCUUUGACAUCAGUACCAGCAUUGGUGCCUGUGAAAGUCGCCAAUCAUACAGGCUGUAAGUGCGUGUCAACGGCUCCCCGCCGUCCACAUUCAAUUAUCAGAAGGUCCGUCCAGCUCCCGGAAGAAGAUCGGUGUCCCCAUUCCAAGAAACUCUGUCCUGUGGACAUGCUAUGGGAUAGCAAAAAAUGUAAAUGUGUGUUACAGGAGGAGAAUCCCCUUGGAGGAAUGGAAGAGCACUCUCAUCUCCGGGAACUGGCGCUCUGCGGGCCGCACAUGAAGUUUGAUGAAGAUCGUUGUCAGUGUGUCUGUAGAGCACCGUGUCCCCAAGAUCUCAUUCAGCACCCGGAAAACUGCAGUUGCUUUGAGUGCAGAGAAAGUCCAGAGAGCUGCUGUCAGAAGCAAAAGAUCCUUCACCCAGACACCUGCAGUGUGAGAACGAUCGCUCCUUUCACAUCCACCAGAACAUGUGCUAAUGGAAAACCCGCAUAUGCAAAGCACUGAUGCUUUCCAAAGGAAAAACGAGCUGCCCAUGGGUUCCAAAGCCCAAAACAGCUCUGA